AUACCACUUCAGAUCUUCUUCAUUUCUGGAAAAUACCCAAUGGUUUCAUUCUUGAGAUGAUGUGCUAGCUCACAACACAAUAUGGCAAUGAUGGUGAUGGAGAUCGUUGAGAGUGGGAACAGAUAUAUUUUUGUUGAGGAAACUCCAUCACAAUAUGGUGGACUAAGCAAAGGAGACUUUGAAGCAUCUGAUAGUGUGAAUGAGAUUAUUGUGAAACCUUCAGCUCAACACAUUGUUGAAUUUUCUACCAAUCAGCACGGAAGAAAAGUCGGUUGUUGGAUGGAUGCUUUGCAUUGGCAAAAGUAUUGGAGUGUUGUUUUUUUUUCAGCUAUACUUGGUAUGCUUCUAUUUGCUGCAUGGCGAUCUUGUGACCUCUGGAUUUCAUUGGAGUUGCUGGUUAUAUUGAAUCAUAAGACAAAUAGAUUGUUGUAAUCUUAUUUGAACUGCUA